UGGCCGUGACAACUGAAGACAUCCGUCCCAAAUUCUGGAAAGGAAGAGGGAGGGGGCUGAUGUUUGCCCAGGCCUCCGUGGGGAGGAGGGCUGGGCGGUAGGCGGUGGGGUGGGUGGAAACCAGCGUACUGCUAGGCGGAAGGGCGGAGCUUCAGGUCUCCAUGGAGGCAGCUUCUCCUAGCAACUCGACGGGCGUUGAGCAGAGACGCUGGCUUGAUGGACGCCGACAGCCUCCUGCUGUCUCUGGAGCUGGUGUCCGGCAGUGGGCAGGGCCUCAGCCCGGACCGUCGGGCCUCGCUGCUCACGUCUCUUAUGCUGGUUAAGCGCGACUACCGCUACGAUCGGGUUCUCUUCUGGGGCCGCAUCCUUGGCCUCGUCGCCGAUUACUACAUCGCGCAGGGCCUGAGUGAGGACCAGCUCGCACCGCGCAAGACGCUCUACAGCCUGAACUGCACAGAGUGGAGCCUCUUACCCCCUGCCACAGAGGAGAUGGUGGCACAGUCGUCUGUGGUGAAGGGCCGCUUCAUGGGGGACCCAUCAUACGAAUAUGAACACACUGAGCUGCAGAAGGUGAAUGAAGGUGAAAAGGUCUUUGAAGAAGAAAUAGUGGUCCAAAUCAAGGAAGAGACCCGCUUGGUGUCUGUCAUUGACCAGAUUGACAAGGCUGUGGCCAUCAUCCCCCGAGGCGCCCUCUUCAAGACACCUUUUGGACCCACCCAUGUCAAUCGGACCUUUGAAGGACUGUCCUUGUCUGAGGCCAAGAAGCUCAGCUCCUACUUCCAUUUCAGGGAGCCUGUUGAGCUAAAGAAUAAGACCUUGCUUGAGAAGGCUGACCUGGACCCCUCCCUGGAUUUCAUGGACUCCUUGGAGCAUGACAUUCCCAAAGGGUCCUGGAGUAUCCAGAUGGAGAGAGGCAAUGCCCUGGUGGUGCUUCGCAGCCUGCUCUGGCCAGGCCUCACCUUCUACCAUGCUCCCCGCACCAAGCACUAUGGCUACAUCUACGUGGGCACUGGUGAGAAGAACAUGGACUUGCCUUUCAUGCUAUAGAAUGGAAGCCAGCCUGGAUUUUUUAAAACAGUCUAAACAUGAUUUUCUUAAGCUUCAGUGAA